AUGGCUCUAACAGAUGCCGAGCGUUCCCGUCGUUAUCGUGAAAAGAAGAAAAACGCCGGUUUAGGCGAAGUUAUGAAAAAAAAUGAUCGAAUACGUAAAAGGUUAGCGCGUGCAAAAAUGUCACCACAUGAUCUUGCUACCCUACGUUUGCGUCAAAUUGAAAAUAAAAAAAAAUUUCGUUCCAAAGGGAAAAAACAGCCACCAGCAGCAGCAACAUCUUCAUUUCGUACAAAACAAACGAAAGCUAAAGCAUUGAAAAAAGUUAUUAAUGUAUUACCAGCAAAUAAAGAUAAACAAAUUGAAUUAGUACAACAUCUUGCUCAAAAUUUAGGUAUUAUGAAACAGAAUAAAGAGCAUGAACGUGCAACAAAAGCCAUACCAUUAGCUGCACAAAUAGAAGUUCGUGAAUUUUUUUGUCGUGAUGAUAUUAGUUAUCAGGCACCUGGUAAACGAGAUUCUAUUACAAUAAAAAUUGAUGGUAUUAAACAGAAACUUCAAAAACGUUACUUAUUUUUUACAUUACGUGAAGCUUAUCAAUUAUACAUCGAUGAGGGUCCAUAUGUUAUUAUUAGUCGGUCAAGUUUUAAAGAUCUAAGACCACCAAAUGUAUUGUAUAAAUCCUCAACGCCACACAACGUGUGCGUUUGUCUAUAUCAUGAAAAUGUAUCUCUUCUUCUUAAAGCUCUAAAUGAACAUACUGAUGGUUUAAAAACAAUUAAUUUACAAUCAUUUGUCAAAUUAAUAAAACCACCUGGUAAUAGGAACAGAAAGUUAAUUGAUACAAGUAAAAAUAAAUAA